UACACACAUACAUACACAUUUGAACGAACACACUGACAGUCCUUAAAGCAACACAUGCCGCCCAAGCCAGCCUCGACUUCCAGUGGUGGUGCCGCCGGUGCAGGGAGGCAGCGCACCCAUGUGUCAAUUUUCGAUCGCCGAGGCCAAAAGCCCAACCGCACGCAGGCAGGAAAGGGAAGCUGCAUCACGACCUCGUUCAACCAGCCGCCAGGCCACCGCAACUCCCAGAGCGGCCACGCUGACGAUGCCGGCACCCACGGGGCUUCGGCCACGUUCAACAAGAUAUGCGUGCUUAGGGUGCACGAGGAGGCGUUCUCAGCAAGCGACCUGGUUUUGAACCCGUCGUUCUUUCCUGGAAUUAGAGUUGGUGAUAUAGUGUCUAUUCGGCCGCUGGCAGACGGUGACGAGGGCGAGAUGACAUCGCCCAGAGCCUCCUUUGACACCAACGAUCCGAGUGGCGGCGUGCACAGCAGCGACCCUGUCAAUAUUGGGAAGGGCAAGGGCGUUGUGGCAGCAACAGCAUCAUCGACUGACUCUGGGAAGCCCAGUGUGGUCUCUACACCUGGAGUUGUCCAAACUGGCGACAGAACCGACACCAGCUAUUCCGGAGGACCAGACACCAAAGGCAGUAGACCCUUGCGACUGACUGAUGCGGGGAAUGGCGGUUUCCGGCGGGAGAUGGAUGAGAAGCGCCGCAUGGGCGCAAACGGAGGCAAUGCCGGCAGCAGCACUCUUCUCAACGAUUCUAGCAAGCGGAUGAACAUGCCCGAGGAUGACUCGCCGCUGUUCUAUGGCAACGACAGCGGCUACGGAAGUGUCCAUGCGGAUGAGGAUGGAAACGACGUAACUGUCAAGCCUGUACCAACGAACGAGAUUCUGUUGCAGGUGGGUGACAUCAGGAAGGACGCGCCGCAGAUACAGGCGUCGAUUAUUAGCCAUGUUGCGCGAACUGUGUGGGGCGACUACCAGACGAGCCAGCGUGUGGCAAUUCGCAAGGUGGACACCAGCAGAAGCAGCGAGCGCGACGCCAUCCGCGCUGACUUUGUCGAGAUCGCCUUCCGCGAUCAGUAUGUAGGCCGCAGCGACAUGUGGCGGCUGUGGCGGGCGCUGUCGCACAAGAUUGUGCACAUCAACAAGCAAACCAACAUUGAGGGGCUGAUCAGGGCGUCGGUGCGGCGGAUUUACAAGGACAAGGUCCAGGUCCCCUGCGGCUACAUAGACAACAAGACGCAGCCGAUCUUUCGUUCAGAGUCCGGCCGCUUUAUUAUUUUCAUUCAGAUGUCGGAGGAGAUGUGGGCGUACCAGGAGGAUGGCAACCUGUGCUUUGAAAAGGCCGUCAACUGCUUCCUGGCAGACCUGUUCCGGCGCUGGCAUGUAGAGCAGCUCAAUCACAUGGUGACGAUUGUCAUGUUUUCGCGCUGGUACUACCAUGUGCGCGACAGCAUGUACUUCCAAGACCUGAUCUACGACGAGAGCUGCAAGCGGUACUACCGGGACUACUUCAAGGUUAUUGCGGACAUGGAGGUGCGCUCAGACUGGUCGGCGUUUCUGCCGGACAUUUUAUCCGAGUUCAACACUUACCGCCGCGACAUCCAGGAGCUGGUGUCGAGCGUUGGCCACCGGCUGCGCGGUGAUCUGAGCAAAGCUAGCCAGGGGAACAUCCUCGAGGCCAUCAAUUUAGGGAUCAACAGCUUUUCGAGCAACCAUGUCGACCGCGACUUGUCGCGCACUGGGCUCAGCACCGUGGUGAUUACGCCGUCAUUUGGUGUGUUUGAUGUACAGAAGAAACUGCUGCGCAUGACAACCGAGCGCAUGCUUCACUACGGAAUGCGCGUCGACCUGGUCUGUCUGGCACCAAAGCCCCUGUUCCGCCCGCCGGUCUUCCGAUACAAGUCUUUGCCGGUCCCCCCGGAGAAGGAUCAGCGUUGGGCAAUGUAUCUCCGCACACAGGGCAAUUUGGACACGAAUGCGGCCAAGGCCGCCGAGAUUAGCUCUGCCUCGCCCGCGGCGGAUGCGGCCGGUGACAGCGGCGGGUACAUCAGCGCCGCGGCUGCGGCCGCGGCCCCGGCCAAGGAGCGCGUUUCCAAGGGGAUUGCAGGUCCCAUGACCGAGGCCAUGUUGUCGGUGGAUCCCAUUAUGAUGGACCCGCUGUAUUUUAACGAGGAGUACUGGGAAAACGAGCUGCUGCCGUAUCUAACGGGGUCUCGCUUCAAAAACGACACCGGCUACAAUAACAGCGGCCGCGAACAGCACUCUGACGCUUCGAAUGCUGGCGCGGCAUCUUUAAAUCGUGGCGGCCAGCCCAAUCGCGGCAGCGGCUCGGUCAUUGGCGUCCUGCUGAGCGACAAGGACACAGCAGUUGGCGACAUACCUAGGAGCAUCAAUGAUCUCACCCUGGACGAGUACCCGUUCUUUACGCCGGACAUAUCGACUCCAGACGUCGAUCGGCGCGUGGUGCACUGCUACUUUCCUUAUUGGGUUGAUUGCGGGUUCUACAACUACACUGACGAGCGCGAUGCCGAUCGUCCCGACGAUUUCAGGCCGGUGUGCAAGAUGGGCGAUCUUUCAGUCAACGGGGUUGCCAGCUAUCUGCACAGACCGCCAACGAUUCCCGAUCUCGAGCUCCGGGCCAUGGACACCGAGCUGGCGUCACUCCUGGGACUGGAGGCACACCUCGAGUCGAGCACCGAGAGCAUGGUCGGCGAAGUGUUGCACCCGCAGCUCACCCGUGGCGACAAGAGCAGCUCGACAGAGGCACGCCACAUGACAAGCUUGUCCAAGGACGGCCCGCACGGGCGCUCUGUGCGCCUUGCAACUGUCUCCGAUCGCGAGGCGCUAAAGGAGCUUUUUGACAAGUUCGACCGGCGGGCGAUUGUCAGCACGGAUCUCGCCUCUGUCGCGCCGUCAGGCGAGUUGGUGUAUGUUUCUGGAGCCACGCAUCCCAACAACAGUCACAUAGCGGCGUCUUUCACUGCGGCGGGGCUAAGCUUUCCGGGAAGCAGCGGUAUUGGUACCGGCAGCAGCGAGCACCGGUACCCGCUAUCACAUACGCCCGGUACGGUCCAUGCCACGCAGCCAAGUGCUCUGCCGUCCAAUGCGUCCGCAAACUGGGACGACAGCAGCUCGCAUCCUCAUCAGCAGCCGCAUUCCCACCAGAACUCACAGCGCCACCCUGACCUCCAGACGUCAGUGUCUGCCGAGAUUGGGCUUUCGGCCAGCGCAGACACCGCGGAACACAUGCUAGCAACAGUGUCGACGUCAGCCUCGCCCAGCCUGCAUCACGGCCACCUUUCAAAGCUUCCCCUGGAGAAGUUCCAAUCGCAGAGUGUAUCAUCAUCGGUCCCACGUGAGGCCAAAUUGGGCGGUGGCGUCAAUUCAUCGGCACUGCGGCAGCGCUCCUCGGUGUUUAUGCGCAGCAGCGCGCAGCGCAAGCGGCCACAGCAGCAGCAACAUAAUUUGGCCUUCAAGGCUGAUACUCCGGAAGCAGACGUUCAUGCUGAUGCAGCGCACUCUUCCCUGCAGCAGCAAUCUGAGAGCCGCCACCCGUCGUCCAGCGCUGAUCCCUCCUCUGAGAUGACUGUGCCAAUGGCAGUCGCUGCGGUGGCUACUGUUUCAUCUGCAUCUGGUACUGCGGGCAACGCAAAAUGGCGUGAUGCUACGCCCGACAAAGCUGCUCAGUCUGGUGCAGACCGCGUGGUAGAGUUGCCACAGUCUGUCAAUCGAGCCCAGUACAUGCAGGGCGGCUGGGAGAUGGCGGCCAAAGACCCGCUGAUGAUUCCACAGACUCCCAGUGGUCGCAGUGGGGUGUCUGAGUCUAUGACCAAGCAGUCGCACUUGGACGACCACAUCAGGACGUUUAAGGGCGCGGCUGCGGGCCACGACAUGGGCCAUCAACAGCAGUCUAUCCAUUACUUUAAUUCCGGAACAGUGAAUCCUGUCGCUACAGUGCAAAGACAUUCUGCGUUGAGCAGCGUGUUAAUUUCCGAUCCCGAGUUCCAGCUAACGCUCCCCAGCGGCCAGCAGACAGUAAGUGCGUCCUCGGUUGUUGCUGCCACGGCUGGAACGAUGGGCACUGCAUUAAGGUCAACUUCGACGCUUCCUGCUGUGUCCGGUGGGCACAAAGGCAGCUCACCGCAAUACGGGAGGACUGCAUGGGGCAGCGACCGGCACUCGUUGGCCGCGCAGCCGACUGAUUUGUCACAGCAUUGGCCGCGCAGCCGACACUAUUAUUCGUAUAAUCCAUGCAACCCGCAUACCGAGCUGCUGCCGAACACGGUAGUGUCGCAGCGGUGGGCCCUGGCUUUCCCGACAUACUGGCUAGUCUCUAGCUAUACGCCCAAGUGGCGGUCGCUUUGCACGCCGGCGUCGCUGCCGCUGGUAACAGACUACCGCCCAAAGGACCUCGAGACGUUUUACACUCAGUACCCCUACCACGUGCAGACGCCGGAUAUCGACCUCUACGAUUCAGGCAACUUGCCGCUGGACGACUACGACGAGUUUGCGCAGUUUAUGACUGGUCACACUGCGACAUCAGCCCCAGCGGUGUCUACAGUUGGAUCCGGAGCGAAUAUCGGCGCGGUCUCCAGCGGCGCUGUCAUGAGCGGUUCAAUGACCAAUUCGCAGAAGACUGACCGGCUGACGCGCAUCAGGCUCAAGGAGAUGGUGUACCAGCGGCUGGCGCAGGGUUUCCAAUUCAUUAACGUCGGGGACGCUCCUCCGGGCGCUUGCAAGAAUGCGGGCAACCUGCUGCCUCGGAUUGGUAGCCGUGGGGUGCGCACAAAGCUGAGCGGCGCACGUCCAGACAGCGGCGACCGGAUGGGUAGUCGCGGGUGCAACGAGCCGACCGGUCCUUCUGGGUCGCCACACUCAAGCCUGCUGCCGGUCGGUGCGAUGCAGAACUCGGAGAAGGCGGUGUGGCUCAGCAAUGGCCGCCAGAUCCAGAAACUUAAGCUCCAGGAGACCAACGGACCUAGCUUGACGCCUGGCAUUGCUGUGACGCGGUGGGAGCGCAUCAAGCGCUUUGACCAGACGGACUACAAGUACCGGCUUCAGAUGUGGUCGCGCAACAACAAGAUGGGGUACAUGCCCGCGGAUCUCGGCUUCUGCUAUCCGCACGAUGAGGAGGUCAACUGGAACAACCUCGACUAUCUUCUUUUGGGGUACCAGCCUAACCUGAACAAGUCGGCAAAGUACUGGCGCACGCGCUAUAUCCUGAUUCCCGUGGACCAGCUGGGAAACGACACGAUUGUCAACACAAAGUCCAACCCGCUGCUGUCCGUCGAGGACGUGCGCAUCGCCAACUUUGAAAAGUUUUUGGAUCACAUUCUGCGCAUGCUGCGCAAGGACGAGCGCAAGAAGCUGGAGGAUCGCUUUUUGGGCGCGCUGCCGUCCGACAUGAUUCGCAGCUCGGCGGUAUUUGGCAACCAGGCGGCCGGCGAGUGGGGGCAGCCGAAGCAGCUUCAGGAACAGCAGCCGCGGCAAAAGUCGGUGGCUGGCGUGGCGCCCGCGACUUCUGUGGUCGCUGGCAGCAGUGCUCAGCCGCCAGUGCAGCAGUCGGUACAUUCGACCAGCACGUCAGUUGGAGUUGACGGCAAGAAGACUAUUGGACUGAACAGCCUGAUGCCCAGCGCGCUGAUGCAGAUCAGGUACACGACCAUGUACCCAGUCCCGUACCUGAUUAACCAGCUGUACUACUACAUGAACGACAACAUUUUUUCGGAUCCUAGUCUUCCCAUUUCGCUUCCGACGCCAGCGGCUCCAGCAUUGGGUCUGCACGAGGCACUCAAUGUAGAGUCGCCGUUUGCACAGCUGGCUUACGCCCUGCAGCACCCAAAGGCCGGCGUCAGGCUGCGAAACAUCAGGUGGCACUACGUAUACUUUAGUUCAAUAUUUGUCGGUUACCAGCUGGUAGACUGGAUUCUAGUCAACUUUGAGGGCGUCACAAGGCGCUCGCUGGCGGUGGCCGCUGGAAACCGGCUGAUGGACCGCGGGCUGUUUGUGUCGGCGCAGAACAAGAACAGUUUUAUGGAUGGCCACCAUUUUUACUUGUUUACCGACUCUGUACUAGCUCACAAGGGCCAGCAACUGGCAACCACACAGCAGCAAGUAGCAGCAACGCCAGCACGCGGAGCGCAGAGCUCAUUGAUGUCGAGUAUCGGGCUCGGCGACAAGAUGGGCCGCUAUGGCACAAGCAGCAACAACCCGUCGCCGAACGCAAGCCGUCCAGCCAGCCGCCAAGGAAGCAAGGCCCCGUCGAUGAUCAAUGAGGGCGAUUCGACCACUGUUUCUGCAGCGACGGUCUCUAUGGGAGCUAGCACCUCAGCCACGCCUGUUGCCACAGCCUUGAGCGGGACUGGCAUGGCCUCGAAAAAGCACACACUGACAAAGACAUCAAUGUCGCGGGAGACGACGCACGACUUAUCGGAUCCAUGGGCCAGUGAGCCACAGCCGGUCAGCAAGCUUCGCGCGCGCACGGACACGGGGGGCAAUAUUGCUGCCUUUUCAGCGGCUGUCACCGAGCUUGCCAGCUCCAAGUCUGCGGCGCAUGCCGGCGAGACAGACAGCGGUAGCAGCAAGCCUCAGCGUGAAGCUGGAGUGGUGGACAAUUGCAACCGCCCUGGGCGUCAGCAACGGCUGCAUACCCGGGCAUCACAGGCAGGACGCUCCAGCGACGGCAAUGUUGCGGCUGAUGAGCACAAUGCGGCUAGAUACUCGGGCCAGGUGGCUCCGCCGUCCGUGGGGAUCAAGGGUAUUGAGUACACACGGACUCCCGACGUGUUCCCGAAGCUGUCGGCACGCAAGAGCAAGCGCCCGCUUCCAAAGACGUUGCACCAGUCGAGGAUGUUUGGGCUGGAUUUAGACCAGCAGCGCAAGUCGACGCGCAGCGAGCACUGCCUGGUGCAUCUGGAUGCGGUGCAGAACCCGAUGACAUGCUUCCAUCUGUCGAUCAAUUGGCUGAACUGCACGAACUACCGCAUCGACGACAUGGUUCGCGGGUGGGCGCGAAUGGCUGAGCGCUGUGGCAUGAGGCUGGUUGAAGCGCCCCGGGCGCAGGACACGUCAAUCGAGGAUUGCCACCCGUUCCAUUCGCCAAUCCGGAUUAACCUGGGUCUGCCGCCGCCGCCUGUCGAGGGCAUUUUCGACGACGAGUGGGUGUCUGACUUUGCGUACUUUGGCAACUCUGACUCAGAGCCCGACAUUAGUGACGACGACGGGUACAACACCGAUGCUUCGGAGGGCAGUUCUGAGAGUGCAAAGUCUGUCGACAACGAGCGGGCGUUGCUGGCGCAGCGCACACGUACGGUGAAGCGGAUGAGCAAGUGCAUACCGACGUAUCCGUUUGAGCGCGAGCUCUUGGAGGAGCAAGAUUUUAUUCUUGAUGUUGAGGCCGAGGACAGCCACCCACAUACCAGCAUGUUGAAUCGUGAGUACACGUUCACGCGGCAGAAGCACGAGUACACGCAAUAUGUGCACCGCUCGGGCACGGCGUUUGUGCAGAUUUGCGGGCCGGGUGAGUUUUUGUGGAUCAACAACUACCUGUUCACAUCGCAUCAGACCCACCUGCGCCCGCAGCAGCUGAACAACCACCAGCAGCUCCAAGCGACAGCCACUUCGCAGAUGAGUCUCGGGUCCUACUCCAUGAUUCGUGGCGAUUCGGGUCCAGCGACAGCGCCAGCAUCGUCAGGACCAGCAGCGGCAACGUUGGCAGCAUCGGGUAUGGCGAUGGGGACUACUGUGUCAGCCUCGGACACGUCGGCGGUGUCGACACCACCCAGUAGCAAUGCCAGACAGACCAUUCGCACAUCUGCUCAGCACCAGGCAUACCAGUACCAGCACCAACAUCAACACCAACAUCAGCAUCAGCAUCAACUGCAGUCUGGCAGCUUAGUGCCUGGCAGGGGCGCUGGUGAGUUGGACAAUUACAUGCUCCCGUCGGCGACGGGCAAUUCUUCGGUGUCCAGGAUGAUUCCAACAUUCUAUCCAGUACGGCACACGCACGAGAUGUGGCCACACCAGUUCCAGGAGCCGCCAAUCAUGAACAGCAUUUACGGCCAGAAGCUCCGUAUUCCCGAGUGGUAUUCGAUGCAGGUGGCUAACAGCCCAGGCAUGCUGCCGGCAGACUUUGAUUCUGUCAACGCGGCCAUCACACGCAUGGCGAUUGAGCGGCAUAAAGAGGGACAUUCGCCGCUGAGCGGCAUGUCUUCACACACAGGAGGCAGCGGCGGCAGCAAUGCAAUGCCUGACGGUGACGUGUUUUUCAGGCAGCCGAAGGGCCAGGCGCUGCGCAAGUCGAUAGACCACAUUGGAUUGUCGACAUAUAGCGACGGGCGCAACAAUGAGUGGGGCACUGGCUCGGCCACACCGCCGUUGGGAUCGGCAUCAGCAUCAGCGUCGGCGUCGGCGUCGGCAUCGGUAUCGAUGUCGAUGUCGAUGUCGACUUCAGUAUCGACGUCGAACGAAACCAACCCGGACACGUUACGUGCCAACUUUAUGGAGAUAUGCAACGACCCGAACAGCUUGGAGAUGCUGUGGCAGCAGGCGAUCAACAGGUACCGCAAUGGGUGGCGUAACUAUCGCUCAGGGAAGCCAGCGACCAACGAGUCGCCUAAGAGCAAGCCGAUGGUCAUUGACAUGUUCAGCGAGGGCAUGUGGCGGCACAAGCAAGAGUGAGCCCGUUGAUUUUUUGUUCAUUUUUCAAUUUUAGAUACUUUCCAGAUUGGCAAUAUGUAGAUUCUUGGAUUCGUGUAUUGUUCAUUUUUAAGCUUUCAAAUUUA